AGCAGUCGACGACUUGGUUGAUAAACAAGAAUGGGUAUCGAUCUUAAGAACCACCACGUUAAGAACUCCAACCGUACUGCUCCCAAGUCGGACAAUGUCUACUUGGCUUUGUUGGUGAAGUUGUAUCGCUUCCUUGCUCGCCGCACUGAUGCCAACUUCAACAAGGUUGUCUUGAAGCGUCUCUUUAUGUCCCGUGUCAACCGUCCCCCCGUCUCGGUCUCCCGCCUUGCUAAGUACGCUGCCACCAAGAGCGCCGCCAACAAGACCUUUGUUGUCGUUGGUACCAUCACCGACGAUGUCCGCAUCUUGGACCUCCCCAAGCUUUCUAUUGCUGCCCUUCACUUCACCAAGACUGCCAAGGCUCGCAUCCUUAAGGCCGGUGGUGAGAUCCUCACCCUCGAUCAGCUCGCUCUCCGUGCCCCUACCGGUGCCAACACUGUCCUUAUUCGUGGUUCCAAGAACUCCCGUGAGGCCGUUAAGCAUUUCGGCAUGGGUCCCCACAAGAACAAGAAGCCUUAUGUUCGCUCCGAGGGUCGCAAGUUCGAGCGCGCUCGUGGUAAGCGUGCUUCCCGUGGCUUCAAGGUCUAAGAAAAUAAAAUAUAUCUACUUGGUCUGGCUGGUUGAAAUGAAGAGUUCUCUUUCAAAAAUC